AUGGAUGCUCCUCAUUCUGCUAUUACAAGAUAUGCGACAAUGCUAUGUACUUCAUGGAAUGCCCAUCCUCCUGGAUUGGGAUUUUUCGCUGCAACGGACAUCAAAAAAGAUAAAUUCAUUAUCGCCUUCACUGGAGACGUCAUCAGCACUGAGGAAUAUAAAAAUAGGACUCGGAAGUACAAGAAGUUCCCAUAUGUCUACAAAGCCGGACCAUUCUACAUCGAUGCUACGGAAACAGGGAAUUCAGCAAAAUACGCUAACUACUCCUGUAAUUUCAAUAUGAGGACAGAAAAAUGGCAAUUGGUUGGGAAGUUGGAAGGAUUUGUGGCACUUGGAUUUUUCGCUGAAAGAGGGAUUAAAAAAGGAGAGGAGCUGACAAUUGACUACAAUUUUGAUGAGGAUGAGUCCAGGAAAAUCAAAUGUCUGUGUAUACAUCCAAAUUGCUCUGGACAAAUGGGACGAGCUCUGACAAGUUGGCGGCGUUGCUGA